UGCGGGCGCCGGUGGAGGUCAGGGCUGGUGGGCGGCGGCGGCGGCGGCGGCGGGGCCCCGGCCCGGACAGGUAUAGACACACCCUGGCAUCUGAAUAUCUUGUCUAAGGACUUCAUGGCUGCUGUACCGAGGGCUCGUCUGCAGCGUAUUUCUUGACUGCUUCUUCCUUUACUGUGCUGUUGAUGGUCGAUCCCAAAAAGCAGAAGCUCUCCACCAUUUGGAGAAUCUUCAUUGCUGAUUCUAAGACCGCACAAGAAGAUGGCGGCCAGGCUGAUGCACCGUUGGUCUUGGCUCUGCCGAGUCUUCUCCCCUUCGGGCAUCCAAGCUGGCCAGUUGGUGAAGGCCACAGGGUCAGCCAGACCCCGCUUUGCCUCGAUGACCACUUGUAGCCUCUCUCAAGUGGCAGAUAAGCUCCCCGUGAAGGAGCUGGGGAACAGACCCCUGGAAAAAUCCACCAGAUGGGAGGACCUCGUUCUCGCCUCUUCCAGUGUAGAGGAAGUCCUCUGUGAAGAGAACCUUCGCAAUGUCAGCGGAAAACAGGCUGCCCUAAUGAUCGCGCACUUGUCCCAUCUGGUGGCAAAGCUGAAACUGGACCGUGAGGUCGUCUUAAAGGAUGAACGCUUUCGACAGCUGCUCUACCAAACAUACAAGGAGGCCUCCCGGAUCGAUCAGGUGUUGUUGAUAAAUCUCCUGAAGAGCCUCUAUUUCCUGGGAGUGAGCCAGCAGCAGAAGGAGCUGCUCUCGGCCGAGCAGGAGGUGCGCUGGCGCAUGAAGAGCCUGUCCUACAGGCGCCUGGCUUCUCUGGCUACCUACAUGGCCAGCUACUUCCCGAAGGAGAAACCUGGUGAGCUUCUGAGCGAGCUGAUGAUCCAGCUUGAAAUGCGUUGGGCCGAGAUUGAGGAUGCUGGCACGAUCGCCAUGCUGAUGGCUAAACAGGAGUACUUCUCGCCUCAGCUAAAGGAGCGGCUGGAGGAUAAGAGCCUGGAGCUGGCCACGCAUUUCACUCCCGAGGACAUCCGGAGGAUCUCCGUCGCCUUGGCGCAGCAAAACGUCCGUUCCUUGCCUCUCCUCCGAGCCAUCUCGUACCACUUUGUCCAGAAGCACUUUGCUGCUGCCCCGGACAUUCUGCUAGACUUGGCUUUUGCCUUCGGGAAGCUGAACUUCCACCAGACGCAGCUGUUCCAGAAGAUCUGCUCGGAUCUCCUCCCGCACAUCCCUGACUUGCCCCCUAGGGACGUGGUCCGGUGCAUCAAGUCUUUCUCUUACCUCAAGUGGCUGAACCUGCCCUUCUUUGAGGCCUCCGCCGAGUACUUCAUCAACAAUAGCAAGAUGUUUACUGUGACCCAGUUAAUAAACCUCCUCGUUUCUUUUGCCCGCUUGAAUUUCCACCCUAGCAACAAAGACGUCUUCUACAGCAAGAGCCACCACAUUCUCAAUGGCCAGCUGGGCAGCCUAAAUCCUUGGGUGCUGAUCGACCUGGUGUGGUCCCUGUGUGUGCUGCAGCAAGCAGAGGCUGUCCAUUUCCAAACCGUUUUGCUGCCCAAGUUUUACUCAAGCUUCUUCGGAGACUGGACCCCACACAGACAAAACUACUGGCUCAAACUGAUGCACGUCAACACCACGGCCCAGCUGGAGUGUGCGGGCUACCCGGGUCCCUUCUUGCCGCCAGAGAAACUGACCCUCCAGGAGCUUGGGGUGCACAGAACCCUGACCCCACUGCAGAGCGAAGUGAAAGAAACCCUCGCCAAGAUUGCCGGAGGGGAGGCAAACGUGCACUUUAAUGUGGACACCCCCUACGGCUGGAAGCUUGAUGCUGAGAUGGUGCUGGACUGUGAAAGCAGGCCGCUGCCGGUUGCAGACUUUGACGCUUUGUCCUUGGACCAGCAGUCCAAAGCUCCUGAGUCUUUGCAGUCAGGGGUGAGAAGGCUGGCCUUCCUUCUGUGGGAGUUCCCCAACUUCAGCAGUCGGAGUAAAGACCUGCUGGGCCGGUUCGCCAUGGCUCAACGGCACAUCCAAACCGCCGGCUUCAUGAUUGUCGAGGUUCCCUACCACGAAUGGUUUAACUUGAACACUGAAUGGAAGAAGACGCAGUAUCUGAAAGAUAAGAUGCAGAAGGCUGUCGCCAGAGACCUGGCAGAAUAGAAGCACGCACCAGCCCUUUUGAAGGAUCAGUAAUUGGACUGCUGCACUCAAGGGCUUCUGCCCACCCGGCCUCAUUUCCACCCCGGCAGCUGCUGCUGGAGGGGCCUUUCCAGCUGUGUGGAUAGAGAGCAGGGCCGUUGAAUUAAAUGAUAUUUUGUACAGAA